GGGACGAUAUCCCCCUAACAAAAUUCCAUCGCCACCCGUUUUGUUGGCGCAAGACGCCAUCUUGUUUCCGAAGCUGGCGUGUGUGUUGUUUGGUUGUUAUUUUAGUACGGCUGCGAUUUAUCAAAUAAGCUCUGAAAACUGAAAGUCACUGAGGGGAAAGAGAGAUGCCUGGCACCAGAGUGUACAUUGGAGGUCUUCCUCAAGGAGUCAGAGAGCGGGAUGUGGAGAGAUUCUGCAAGGGCUAUGGAAGACUCAGAGACAUUCUUUUAAAAAAUGGUUUUGGUUUUAUUGAAUUUGAUGACCCUAGAGAUGCUGAAGAUGCCUGCUAUGAACUUAAUGGCCGUGAUUUGAUGGGAGAAAGGAUUACGAUGGAAUCGGCUCGUGGACCGUCUCGUCGCUACGACGACUGGCGUGGCGGCGGCGGCGGCGGCGGCGGAUUUGGAGGAGGACGCAGCAGGAGACCCACCAGGUUUGGACCGCCGACGAGGACCGAGUACCGGCUGCUGAUCGAGAACCUCAGCUCGCGAGUCAGCUGGCAGGACCUGAAAGACUACAUGCGUCAGGCCGGCGAGGUCACCUACGCAGACGCACACAAGGACCGACGUGGCGAGGGUGUGGUGGAGUUUGCCUGCUACUCGGACAUGAAGAACGCCCUGGACAAGCUGGACGACACCGAGCUGAACGGACGCCGCAUCCGCGUCAUUGACGACACUCGCCGCGCCCGCCGCCGCAGCCGCAGCAAGAGCCGCAGCCGCUCGCGCAGCCGGUCUCGGCGCCGCAGCCGUUCCCGUUCCCGCAGCAGGUCUCGCUCCAAGUCUCGCUCUCGCUCCAAGGACCGCCGCUCCAAGUCGCGCUCUCACUCCAAGGACCGUGACUCCAAGACCAGGUCCAACGGACGGGACAAGUCGCGCUCUAAGUCCAAGGAGCGUGAGGCCAGCGCCGACAGAGGUCGCGACGGAUCUCGCGACAGGUCCAGGUCUAAAUCAAAGGAAAGGGAUGCGGACAGGAAGUCUGCUUCAAAGAGCAAGUCUCGGUCUCGGUCCCGGUCUGGCUCGCGCGGCCGUGACGACCGCCCGCGCUCCCGGUCGCGCUCUCGCUCCAAGUCUCGGUCCCGUUCCCGCUCCCGAUCCCGGUCCAGGUCUCGGUCGGGGUCUCGUGGCGCCGACGACUGAUGGCGCCGCCCCCCCCCCCCCCUCCCCCCUGUCGACCUGUCGCGCCGGGGCGGCGCGGCCGGCCGGCCACCGAUGAACCGCGCGGCUCGGUGUAUGUCUGUGACUGUAGGGGCUCGCCACCGGCAGGCCGACCUCUAUGAGCUCCGUGGUGUGGAUAGCGGACUGCGGGGUAGGUCAUUUCACGUGUUAACAUCAUACCCGCAUUCCCAUGAUUGUGUCUGCUACUGAGAAGUUAUUCACCAAUACACUUAUCAUCUGGG